AUGACGAUUAGCAAAAACAAUAAGAUGAUGGCACACCUGAAUUAUAGGAUGAAGGUUGCCUUACAGGAUUCGAGAACUUUUGUUGGAUAUUUUAAAGCUUUUGACAAACAUAUGAACAUUCUUUUGUCUGAUUGUGAAGAAUUCAGAAGAAUUAAACCCAAACCUGGAAAGAAGAUAGCUGAGGGUGAGGAAAAAAGAACGCUUGGUUUAGUCCUUUUACGUGGAGAGCACAUUGUCUCAAUGACCGUGGACGGACCACCACCGAAAGAUGAUGACUCUAUCAAACUGCCCAAAGCAGGGGGAGUUGGAGGGCCAGGCGUUGCGAAGCCUGCCGGCCGAGGAAUGCCAAUGGUACCACCAGUACCUGGAGCGCCUCCACCAGGUCUACAAGGAGCUGUUCGAGGUAUUGGCGGACCUGGUAUGUCUGUUAUGCAGCCAGGUUAUGGUAUGCCGCCUAUGACUGGGAUGCCGCCAAGACCUCCAGGGCCGUUUUAA